UUCUUUUGACAAUGAAUUUUAUACAGUAAUUCAUUUUAAAAUGAAAUCAAUUCUCAAUUCAUUUGGUACCAAACAGUUUGUAAGAGUGUUAAAAAUGUAAAUACUAAUUAUUUUUUAUUGGCCAAUACACUACAGUGCCGCUCGAAAUAGUGCAACACCGGUGCCGCUUUUGGUGAUUGGUUCACAUAGACUAUGAUCUAUCACGGACUAAGCUUAUUAAACUCCUGUCAAACCCAGUGACCCAUGCGUAGUGGCCCAAAACGGCAGGUACCCACACAGACGGAGAAACAUCGCCGUUAUUUUGCAUUUUUUAUUAAAAAAGGCAAAAAAUUGUUACUUUAUUUAAUAUCUUUUCAUUUAAUUCCUUUCACUUUAAUUUAAUUGUUACUUUAUUUGACUGUCGCCAGAAAAUAAUUGGAAAAACCUCCUAUCUAUGACAAUUUUCUUUUUUUUUUUAAAAACGCAAAAUCACUUCUUCUUCCUUGAUAUCCCUCUUGGCAGAAUGUCUAUAAGCACUUCCGACGACUUCUUUGUCUUCACCGACCCUCUCUUUUCGUCUAAGGCCACCGUCGCAGUACUAGACGAUCCCAAAUCGAAGAAGAGAGUCUCCCUCCCCUUACGUUGCCCCCUCCUCUACGUCGUCCCUGUUUGAAUCGUCGGACCCUAGGGGUGUAAGUUUGACCCUUAAAACCCACAGACCCUCCCCGACCCUGAGGGUCGGGAUGAGUCAGUUUGUCUACAGGGUCACCUUAGGGUCGGGUCAGGUAGGGUCAGGUCAAUUUAGGGUCGGGUCACUUUUUGACCCUAUGACCCUUUGCAUCAUACAAACACGUUGGACCUAUUUGUAAAGUUUUAAAAUUUUAGGUAAUAAAUUGUAAAAUAAAAUAAUUUUGUGUACCAAAAUGUAAUUUUACCAUCAAAUUUUUGGGACUUAUUUCUAAAUUGCCACUUAAAUGCACGGAGAAAAUCUUGGAGCGUGAUUGGAGGGUGGUGAGAGCCUAUUUCACCUGGGAAUCUUUCCCUUCCAUUUUUGGCUUCUCCUUCGCCAAACCAGACCCCUCAUCAAACCAGGCAUCAAUAGCUCCGGAAAAUACCAGCGAUGCGGUCGCAGCCAUACAAUGGACGACUACAUUUGCAACGACGACGGAGAAUGGGGUGGAGCUGAACCUAGUUGUUUAUUCGGCUUUGACCUGAACGUCCCAUUGACAAGCAACAAGGAGAAUAUAUAUGAGAUCAGAGCUGAGCAGCCGGACCCGACGGAUAAUGGCGAUGAUGGCGACGUUUUGGACGUGGAGGAGCUGGUCAACGAAGACCAUCUGGAACGGGACAAAAUCACGGACAACGUUCAAUAUGGCGUCGAUGUGGAGAACAACAACGUGGCGGAGAAUGGCGUCGACGACAACAAUGGCGGCAGGGUUAACCUGUGUCGUUACGACUUUCGUUGCAUUUGUACCGUUUUAAUAGUGGUACAGAUAAUGUUUCUGCAAAAAUGUACCAGUAGUUAUGGUUCAAGUUAGUUAGUGGUAGUAUUAUUGUAGUGUAGGCACUUGGUGGAAAUCAUCUAGUGGUAGUCACGUAUUGGUAGACAUGUAUCGUCUAGUGGUACUCCCUUAGUGGUAGUCAUUUAGGCGUAGUAAUUUAGUGGUACUUCCCUAGUGGUACCUGGAUAUGGUUCAUGUACUAGUAAUCAUAUAAUGGUAGUCAUGUACUGGUAGACACGUAGUCGUCUAGUGGUACUCCCUUAGUGGUAGUCAUUUAUUCGUAGCGACUUAGUGGUACUUCCCUAGUGGUAUCAACCAUCGUCCGUAGUAAUUUGAUAAAUAUUUCGAUUUGCUACUUGAGUAGGAAUGCUAUUUCUAGUCCCAUCCUAAGAAACUAUCAUUUCGAUCAUUGUACAUAUGAGAACGAUCGUAUUAAACCAAACAUCGAAUUUUACAUGGUUUGAAUCCCUAGGGUUAACAUGCUUACGCAACUAAAGAACUUAGCCAACCAUGGAGAGGGGUUCCUGGAUGUUCAUCGAUGGAAAUGAAGACAUCAAAAGCGCAUCAAUUGUAUAAAAACAAUUCUAGGGAUGCUAGAAUGCACUUGAAGUAAUCACGUCAUAAAUUCAAGAUAUUAUGAUGAUAAAUUUAUGAAUGAAUGCUCAUUUGAUCAUAAUAUGGGUGUCUAGAAUAUACAUUUCUACGUUUCAUCAAGUGACAUUCCCUACACUCAUUGAUUCAAAUUAAGAUGAGCAGUGAAAAGUUUGCAAGGGAUGACUAAAAGUCAUUAGGUGGAAAACAUCUUUAGCACUUUUGAAAAAAAAAUCAAAUGGAUAAUAAAACUAGUAUUUUCGAAAUUGAAUGCCUAAAAAUAUGUCAUGUAUCAAGUAUAGUCAAGCAACACGUGUCACCCAAUUUCACCCCACACUUUAAAAGUAACACCUAUCCUCAUUGGACAAAAAGAUAGUGAGCCUUCAUCACCCUAUCCAGCUGCAUUCAUCAUGGUUGGCUCCAUGGGAUGUCGAUUGAAUCCACUUUGGCAUAUGAACUCUUGAAAUUCCUCCGACGCUUCGUACUCCAGCUCCUCGAUCUUCUCUAGCGAAAACUUUGAGCUUAUAUUGGCUAUCUUGAAUACUAUUGGUGCUAGCUUCAAAUCAGAAGUUGGUGGAGCUCCUUUCAACUUGUCUUUCCAUUCUAGGUCUUCAUCAUGGUGAUGAUAUUUUGCAUAUGAGGAAGCCUUGUAUAGAAAUCCUGAUCCGAUCUUGAUCUCUAUCUCUGGCUUCGUAUCUUCAUUCUCCUUGAAAUCAUCAUCUUUGAUGGGUUCACCUCCUUGUCUUCAAUAGACCCCACUUCUCUAUGCAUGAUACCUCCUAGUCAUAGUGUGAUCUCUCAUUUUUCCGCAUCGAUCAUGGCAACGGAAGUGGCAAGAAAUGGUCUACCAAAGACCAAGGAGUAUGUGGUCUCUAUCUUCCAUCUUGAUCAGCACAUAAUCUAGAAUUCUCUCCUAAAGUGGCAUGUCAAUCUUUUCUCCUCUCUAUAAUAUUUUUCACCAUUGGGGGGUAUCGCGAUACUUCUUCAUGAAUGGUCAUCUCCUUUGUCGAGGUUGUGUCAUCGUCUUUGUCCUCCUUCUUGGUAUGAGAUGUCUCCAUUGUAUGGGCUUGAACAAGCUUCAACACCUUCUUUCAUAUCUCCCUCUUUUCUUCUUGGAUGGAUACCUCCCUCUUGCUUUCUUAUGUUAACGCAACUUCUUUCUCCUCAACCAUCUUACAAGGAUGGGUCUUCGCAACUCCUCCUUCCUUGAAAGGCUUAUUAAAGUGGUGUUCCCACU